GAGCGCGGUUACCAAGUAUUACGUUAUGAACAAAAAAACAAAACGAGAAGGUUUCUAAAAAGUAUUGGCCUGGAUUUCUAAUUUAUCUCCUGUACUAUGUUUGCCUUUGACGGACAGUUCAAGAGUCGGCCGAUAGUGUCGCUUGGAGGAGCAAGCAAAAAGGAACAACGAAAUGAUCUUAUACAAAGGGCACAAGAAGAAAGGCAACGCCGAGAGGAUCAAAGACUAAGAAUACUAAGUGCUAUAAAGAUCCAAUCUUUUCUCCGAGCUCAGCAUGUUUGUUAUCAACAGUAUUGCCAGCAAAGAGCAAUCUUUGAUGAAGAGGUAAAGUCAUAUCAGAAAGCCAAGGUCCCUGAUCCACAGUUUGUAACUGUCCUUACAAGAAGACUCCUGUUUUUCUUCUCAACUUCAAAAGAUACUAAAAGACUGGUAUGGUUGUGUCAAAUGUGGCUGAAGCAUUUAUCAUCACUCCGUCCAUCAGAUCAAGAUACCAAAUAUACUUUAUGGUUGUACCAAGUAAAAAAACUGCUUCUCUUAUGCUGCAGGUCCCUUGAUGUGUCACUCCAGGAUUCAAGUCCAGUUGGUGUCCAGCUUCGCAUGUUGGAAGUGUUUUCUUCUCCUCAGUCUUUUUCUCAGCCUAAAGAUGCCAUGGGCUUCACAAUCUUCCUCAUCCAAAAUGGAUAUUUCAGAUACCUGCGUGCACUAAUUAACCUAAGGGUACCAUCUAGCCUUGAGCCAUCAUCUACUCCCCCCACCCCUCUGGCUGGGGCUUUGGCUGAUUUGGUGAUGAGGCCCAUAAUUGGGGUGUGUCAGAGGGAUGAGGCAUCAUUAUCACAGGACACGACUGAUAGAAGAUACCAAGUGAUGUCAGCAUUUGCUUCAGACCUCUUGAGCCCAGAAAUGUCGGAGCAGAUCACAUGUUUUCUCCUUCCUGUCCUUGCCACUCCAUCAUCCAAGUUUCCUUUUCCUGUGCUGGUUGAUGCUGUCCUGCGAAUGCUGAAGUCAAUGUCAUCAACAUCAGAUGGUGCCAUCCAUGGUGCUUCGCCCUGGUUACUAUAUGCAAUGCUGGUGUUAGCAGAGAAUCACUUAGGCUCAUUGUCAAUCACUGGUCUACUUUCUUAUGUACAAGUUCUCCAGUAUUUACUUCCAUGGCUUCCAAGUCCAACAUCGUCAAGUGAUUACGAGGAUGACGAAGAAGACUAUGAUUCUGAGAUGGAAAUGAUGGUUGUACAGGAUGAGAAGCUAAAUUCCUUACGUGCAAGGUGUUUGGAGAUUUUGGAUUCUCGAGAACAUGUGAAGAGUUUGGAGUCACUGGUGACAACUAAUGUCAACUUGCUGCAGUCCACAAAUUGGAACCAGGUUCACGAGCUGGUAGCAGGGCUCUGUUCUGUGUGCCAUCAUUUAAUGAUUGAGUGCAGACUACCAGUAUACAAGACGAGGCUGCUGUACACUCUGGCACUAAAGCCGUCAUUCAUCCGACAACUAUGGAACCACAUUCUGCAAACAACUAUCGCCUCUGGGACUGGAAAAGCAGUCCCGUUGGUACAGAUGAUCUACCGUGGCCAGACCUUCACUGUACAGGAGGCAGAGCUCAUCGUGCCCAUGGUAGCUGUGUUCUGCGCUCUCUUCAGCCACACACUUUUCUCAAUACACGACCAGGAAUUCUACGGAGAAGACAGGAAACUUAGAAAUUCUGUGAUGCCCUUCAAGUUGAAAGAGCUCAUUCCAAUGACAUGUGCGUUGCGUGACGUUAUUAUCGGCGUGACGGAAAUAAUCUACCCUGACAGCAGUCACGCAGCAUUUCGUGAUCAUUACAUCACGGCAAUGAAAAGUGUUGGCGCACGCUCCGCUAUUAUGAAAGCUGAGGAGUUUUACCCGAAGAGAAAGUGGAUACAUUUGCUCAGGGAAGUGACGCAUCUCGUCGAGCAGCUUCACUCACGUGAUACUCGAAGGCAGUUCUGCCCAGACGAUCACUGGUUAUCUCCCAAGAUACACAUCGACCCGAAUCAGAUGCGAAUAGAUGGAUUUUUCGAUGAAGAAGGAACUGUGGAGGGAAUCGUGCCACUCGGGAUGUCCUCAGCCACAGCAAGGAGCAUGUCCAUCCUACAGCACAUUCCCUUCGUCGUGCCCUUCAAGGACCGGGUCAAGCUUCUGCAGAGAAUCAUUAAUGAAGACAGAGAUAACUCGCAAGGGGACCUACACAGCUUCAUGAUUGGUCACAACACAAUAGACGUGAGAAUCCAGAGAAAAUACCUCUACCAGGAUGCCUUUGAUAAUUUGAAUGAGGACGCAGAACCCAACAUGAAAAAGAGAGUGCGCGUCCAGCUUAUCAACGAGCAGGGUCUGGAGGAGGCGGGGGUUGAUGGCGGGGGUCUGUUCAGGGAAUUUCUGAAUGAAUUGCUGAAAGCCGGGUUCGACCAAAGCAUCGGCUUUUUCAAGGCUACACACGAGCGAUUGCUAUACCCCAAUCCACAGGCCAAUUUGUGUGCUCCAAAUUAUCUCAAGCAUUUUCGGUUCCUAGGAAGAAUGUUGGGCAAGGCGAUCUAUGAGAACAUGUUGGUAGAGUUACCUUUCGCGAGUUUCUUCUUGUGUAAGAUGAUCGGGAGGCAUGGUACUGAUGUGGAUAUACAUAACCUGGAGUCGCUUGAUACAGAAGUGUACAAAAACCUCCUGUUCCUGAAAACCUACGAAGGAAACGUUGAAGAUCUUGCGCUGAAUUUUACUAUAGUAAAUAAUGACUUUGGCGAGAAACAGGUUGUAGAGCUGCUCCCUGGCGGCAGAGACAUCCCUGUCACCAACAGCAACCGCAUAACCUACAUUCACCUCGUCGCCGACUAUCGCCUUAAUAAGCAGAUCCGUGCCCAAUGCCUCUCGUUCCGUGCUGGCCUAGCAGGUGUUGUCAACUUGGACUGGUUACGGAUGUUUGACACAAAUGAAAUUCAGGUCCUGAUAUCAGGGGCGCCUGUUCCUGUCGAUUUGGAAGACCUGAAAAGAAAUACCAAUUACUCAGGCGGUUACACCUAUGAUCACCCGUGCAUUCAGUCGUUUUGGCGCGUCGUGGAAGAAUUGAACGAUACCCAGAAGAGACAGCUACUCAAAUUCGUCACCAGUUGCUCGCGCUCCCCGCUGCUUGGCUUCAAGGACCUCUACCCAGCCUUCUGUGUACAUAGCGCGGGUCAAGAGGAUCGCCUUCCCUCGGCAAGCACUUGCAUGAACAUGCUAAAGCUGCCCGAGUACCCUACGGACGAAAUGAUGCGCGAACGCCUCCUCUAUGCUGUGGAGUCUGGGGCGGGCUUUGAGUUGAGCUAGGGCCCAGUGCCUUGACGGAUGUUCAGAACUCAGACUGGUGGACAGGGAUACUAUUGAAAUAACAUGAAGAAACCAAAAUGAAGAUAGCGAACAUUUGUGAUUUGAAUUGCUUACAAAGUGAAGUCACUUACGAAUAACAGGGGGUCAGUACGCAGCUCUUACAAGCUGCAAUUUGAUUGGAAAAAUGAACAAUAUCCGCACCUCGACACAAAGAACGAGAAGAAUAGAAACAAAAGAACUCCUUUGUAGAACAAAGAUAAUAGGAGACAAAGCAGCUGCGUACUUACUCAUAACAGGGCCGUGGCAGGGCCAUGGGGACACCUGCCUCCAAAUGUUUAAAAAUGUAUAAUAAAGUGACCGGUUGGGGCGUGGCGUGGCAGAAGCAUUUUCCGUAAUGCUUCUGUAUCGUGUACCCAAUAAUUGAGGCCUGCUACACCCCUGAACAAUUAUCGCAAUCUCUACACCCAGACUGAUUUGAGCUAUGUGUAGCUAAAUGUAAAUUAAUGAUAGGAUUAUAAAUGUGUUUUUUUUAACAGAUUUGCUCCAUCAACA